UGCUCGUGUGCAUGAGAGCGCGGGACUGUUGAAGCGUGUUCACGGAGUACUCAAGAAAAACACCACCUUCCUCAUGGAGGACUCCACCUGUAUGGAGCAUCUGGUGAAGGAGCUGAGUUUGCUGCUGAAGCUGCUGGAGAACGAGAGCGUGAGUUCAGCCACCGCAGAGAAGAUGAACGUGGUCAGAAACCUGGUCAAACAGCUGCAGCCGUCUGUGAAUGGAUCUGACAUAUACAUGAACACGUCUCUCUAUGGAAAUGGUACCAGCUUUGUUGAAUCACUGUUUGAAGAAUUUGACUGUGACCUGCAGGAUCUCAGGGACUCUCCUGAAGAAAUGAAAGAUGUGGAGCAAGAGGAGGCUCCUAAGCACAUGUCGACAAAAUCGAGUCCCACAGACACUCCUCCUCCUCCUCCUCUUCCUACAACUCCUCCUCCUGAUGACUACUAUGAAGAAGCCGCCCCUCUGGGUCCGGGCACAGCGCCGCAGUAUAUAACCACACGCAACAACUCCAGCCCUCCAAACUCAAUAGAAGACGCUUAUUAUGAAGACGCUGACAACAAUUACCCAACAACUCGCCUGAACGGGGCCAGCAAGAACUCCUACAAUGAUUCAGAUGCUCUCAGCAGUUCUUAUGAGUCAUAUGAUGAAGAGGAUGAGGAGGCUAAAGGCAGAGAGCGGAAGCACCGAUGGCCAUCAGAGGAGAGUCCGCUGGGCCAAAUGAAAGACUGCCGCAAGUGUGCCUUCCUGCUGCGCAAGAAACGGUUCGGUCAGUGGGCGAAACAGCUAACAAUCAUCCGUGAAAACAAACUUCAGUGUUUUAAGAAUCCCAAAGAUCGCUCUCCGCAUGUUGACCUCCCGCUCAAUCUCUGCAACGUCAUCUAUGUGCCCAAAGAUGGACGGCGUAAGAAGCACGAGCUCCGCUUCUCCAUGCCGGGAGGAGAGGCUCUAGUGCUGGCUGUACAGAGCAAAGAACAGGCCGAGAGCUGGCUCAAGGUCAUUCAGGAAGUCAGUAACUUGGGAAACAACAUGAAUGGAAAAGAUGGAUCGUCCUCUCCAAUGAUACUGCGAAAAAUAGAGCUGGAUAAGAUGAUGUCAUCAGAUAAACCUACCUCUGAUUCUGACAGCGCAGCCAAUGGAGACAUUACUCGUGACAUCUGUGAGAACGGAAAGGCCAAAAAAGGGACGUUUUCUGAGCUGACUGGAUCUAUGAGUCGAGCUGCUGGCAGGAAAAUAAACCGCAUCAUUAGUUUCUCCAAGAAGAAGCCAUCUUUGCCUGGCGAAACGAACAUGCUUUUCCACCUGGAUGACAAUCCCCGUUGUGGUUACUUGAAUGUCCUGGUCAACCAGUGCUGGAAGGAGCGCUGGUGUUGUGUGAGGAACAGGACUUUGUAUUUUCAUAAGGACAGAGGAGACGUUCACACCCAUGUUAGCGCUUUAGCUCUUCAUGGUGUAGAUGUUUUACCCGGACUUGGCCCCAAGCAUCCUUUUGCCUUCCGCAUCAUGCGAGCGAGCACAGAAGUGGCCGCACUUGAGGCGAGCUGUUCUGUGGAGAUGGGUCGCUGGCUAGGGGUUUUGUUGGCUGAAGCAGGAAGCGCCACCGUCCCUGAGGAGCUGCAUUAUGACUAUGUGGAUGUGGACACCAUCAGUAGCAUCCAGAAUGCAGCAAGAAACUCUUUUCUAUGGGCAACUUCAGACCCAAGGAUGUACGAUGAAGUUCCCUAUGAAAGUAUUCUGCAGGCGGAGGAGAAUGAGUCAAAACUGAAGCGUUAUUCCUCCAUGUCCAGUGUGGAUACAGCCAAGGGUGACACACGGAUCACGGUGAAGCGACACGGCUCCUCUGUAAAUCACUAUGGUAAAUAUGGAAAAACGAGAGCGGAAGAAGAUGCACGACGGUUUCUGAAUGAGAAAGAGCAGCUGGAAAAAGAGAAAGAAGAAAUCAAGGAGAACCUGGUGUUACUGCGCUCCGAAAGGAGUGAAGUGAGAAAAGGGAUCAAAAAUGCGACAGAUCUAAAAAAGAAAGCCAUGGAGCAGCGUCUGGUCCAGCUGGAAGAAAGCUGCCGUCAGAGAGAAGCUGAGCGAGUCGACCUGGAGCUGAGACUUACAGAAGUGAAGGAGAAACUGAAGAAAUCUCUGACCGGAGGACUGCUGGGGGCACCUCUGGAAAACAAACCCACCAUUAAGGCUUCAGUUAAGAAGAAGGAACAUCUUUACACUGAUGCCACUGUGCCGGUCAAUUGUGCAUCUGAAAUGAAGAAACGCCCGCUGUCUAUCUAUGCAUCUGCUAAAGGAAAUGUCAUGCAGAAAGCCAAGGAAUGGGAGUCAAAGAAAGUGAAGUAAUGGGCAGAGUCUGACGAUCAUUGGCUUUGGUUACAGUAAAAGCCUGUUGAUGUAUUCAGGGGUCAAUUGAACGUUAUUUUGAUGGUGGUCUGUAUGUAAAUACAAUUGAAUGUCAUAUAAAAGAUGCAUAAAAAUGAGGGAAUGUUCAAGAAACAAAGUGUUUUAUAAACAUUUAUUUGUUUGAUAUAAAGGUUAAAAAGAGUGCCCGACUUCUGUAAAAACAAAUGUCUUUUUACUGCUACAGGAUACUGAUGUGGUUUUCCUGCUGAUUUCUGUCAGUCCUGAGAGACAGUGUUAAUAUUUGCUUUUUAAAGAUGUUCAUUUUUAACCCUCGGGCACUUAAUUGAGCAGAUUUUAUUUAUUUUGACUUUGUACAUAAAAACUGUUUAAAGAACAUAAUCAUUAUUCGUCAUUGCAGUUGUUGUUCUUUGCAAUAUCGAUGUGAUUGUUUGUAUGAGUAUACAAAAGUAUGAGUGUGUACGUGAAUUUAAGUGUAUGCGUGUUUCCCAGUACUGGGUUGUGGCUUGAAGGGCCGGAAAAAUAUUCCGGAAUAGUUGGUGGUUCAUUCUGCUGUGGUAGAAUCAGGGACUAAGCCAAAGGAAAAUGAAUUAAUGUAUGUAUGUUUGUAAUAAAUGUGUUUUCAAAAAUG